GAAGGGUCAUACCGUAGCGACGCGGGAAGUCCGGACGCGGCAGCUGCCUGAAGAAGAGGCCUGAGGCUGAAGCAGCUUCGGCCCCGGCCGUGGCAAUGGCGGAGAGGCCAGAGGACUUAAACCUGCCCAAUGCUGUCAUCACCAGGAUCAUUAAAGAGGCGCUCCCGGACGGUGUCAACAUCUCCAAGGAGGCCCGGAGCGCCAUCUCCCGCGCCGCCAGUGUCUUCGUGCUGUACGCCACAUCCUGUGCCAACAACUUUGCAAUGAAAGGGAAACGCAAGACGCUCAAUGCCAGUGAUGUGCUCUCAGCCAUGGAAGAGAUGGAGUUCCAGCGGUUCAUUACCCCCUUAAAAGAAGCUCUGGAAGCUUAUAGGCGGGAACAGAAAGGUAAGAAGGAAGCUUCAGAGCAAAAGAAGAAGGACAAAGACAAAAAAACAGACUCAGAAGAGCAAGACAGGAGCAGGGAUGAGGACAAUGAAGAAGAUGAGGAAAGACUGGAAGAAGAAGAACAGAAUGAAGAAGAGGAUGUAGACAAUUGAAUAGGGAGGGUAGGCCAUGGCACUGUGGAAGCCACCACUCUGAAAUGUGGAACAUGUCUAUGCAAAGCUUUUCCCUGCUGAGCAGAGCAGGCAAAGUUUGAUGUUUGCCUGAGAAGAUCAAAAUAAAAACUGACUAGAAUUAUCAUCAAAACCAGCGCUUUCCAGACUCAGAGCACCUGAGUGACAGAAUUCUGUUUUGCUUAAUCAGUCUGAAGGUUUUGACUUUUUGUAAGGGAUUCUGAAAGGCUAAUCAGUCGAAUUAAUAUAUCUUGUUUACUUACAUGUAUGGCUAGGUAGUUUUUGAUCCCAAGUCUUUUUGCCCCUCCACAAAAGUAAUAACUUCCGUGCUGCCUGCCAUGUUCCAUAUUACAGAGGCAGUCAAGGCUCAGGAAAAAUUGGUCAGUCUAUUUGUAACAGUAUUUGGCAAUAGUACCUUAUUAAGAAUGAUCAGGAUGGUUUAGCUUUAAAAAAAAAACUACUAAAAAGCUAUGGGAGAAUAAUGAACUCUGUAAUCUCAUCACUUGACAGUUGCAUUAAUUUGAGUUUCAUUUCCUCUAAUCCCACUUGGCUUUCAGUCCUUUUAGAUUGCUUGCAGACAUACAGCCUAUAGAAUGGCUACACUCUGGGCACAUAUGCUUUUAAAUUAGUAUUGAUUGGAGUUAGUCCAGCAGGGAUGCCAGUGUCUUACUUAUUUAAAACAGAUGGCAUAGUGUUAGUUGUCCCUCACUAUUUACUACUGUACAGCGUUAGUAUUUAAUGUCACCUCCUGGAAGGUGCAGAACCCCCCAGGCUUUCUCUUUUUACACUUCAUCUCCCAGACUGUGUCUUUGUUUUUUCAUUCUUUAAUUCAUUAUGAAUUUCAGACUUAAUUCCCUCUAGGCACAUCUUUUUCCCCUUUUUCUAUCUCUUCUGACUCUUCUCUACUUUCUUUCCCUUUUUCACUUAACUUCAUCCACAAUCUAGGAAUUCUAAUUACCUGCUUAAUAUCCCAAAGUGCAGGUUUCUUAUAUUUCUUAGUUCUAAUUUCACAUCUUAAUAUUUUUCUUUGAUAAACUCUGAACCUUAAGGGAAAUCUGAUGGUGCUCAUGAAUUUAAUCUCCCACCCCCACCCAAAAAAUUCCCUUUAACUUCUUCUAAAAUAUCUCUGUUGGCCUUUCUUAGCCUUUUCUCUUUCCAUUCAGUGCUUCAAUGCAUUUUUUUUUUUUUUUUUGUCUCAGUUGAGUGUUUGGGAUUUGACAAGGUAGUAUGGUAUAGUUUAACCAUUAAUUUGUUAAAUGAAUACAAUGGAAAGUUUAUUGGUAAACGAAGACUGUUUUAAAGAUUAUAAUGCUUUGUACAAAUAAAAAACAUUCUUGUUUAAAGUGA